UUCAGUGCAAUUGUCUGUGGUUCACCAACAAUGAACUUGCCAAAUAUCGUCCUUGAUUCUCCCACAAAACUAGGCGUUCCAAUCUCACAGCUGGGUUCUGAUUGUGACAAAGAAAACAAUACAUUAUCCAAGCCAAGACUUAAUUGGCUGACUGAAAUUUGUAAGCAGAAGAGACUGCAAGGUAAUAGUGAUAUAAUACUGGAUAAAAACAGUCCUGGGAAGAGGCUAUUGGUUGAAUCUGGUGGUUUUAGGAAUAGUUUAUCAAAAGAUUCAUCUUCCUUAAGAUGUAACCAAUCAUCACCUAAAGUAUCAAAGAUGUCAUCACCUAAAUCACCGAUGUCGCCAAAUUGUCGAUGUAUCCGGACAUACUUCCAUCCAGUUCACUGUUCCAAUGGUGUUGAGAAAUCCAAGAAAUAGCAGCUAUCGUAAUUAUAAUCCAGACAAUGCAUUCUGUCAACAAUACCACAUGGUGUUCUGAUUGUUGGUGACAUUUUUGACUAAUCAGUUCAAAGGUCACUGUGGCAGGUCAAAUCGUGUUCGAGAAAAUAUGGUUGAUCUCGGCUUUGUACGAAUUGAUGAUGCGUUCUAAAACAUUUGCUCACAUUAAAACAAAGUUGAUGUUUACUUUAUAUUGCAUAA